UCCAGUGCCCUUACCUGGUCUCCUUACACUGCUCAGCAAUCACCUGUUCUUAUCAUAUCUCUUCUAUUCCUCUGAAGCUGUGGGAAAGAAUUAUCAUUGCAGGCAAAAAGCAGAACACCCACUACUCCAGCAUGCCAUGGCCAGUUGAUGGUGGCGUAAACUUGGCUGAAGCCCCAAGGCAAAGGGAUUUACUGUUAACAGGACAUGAGGAUGGCACUGUGCGUUUCUGGGAUGCAUCCGGGAUAUGCCUUCAGCUGAUGUACAAAAUGAGCACAGUGGGGGUCUUCCAGACUGACAUGGACCCAAAUGAAAACCUCAACUCCCAAGGAGACGAAGACUGGCCCCCUCUGAGGAAAGUUGGCAGUUUUGACCCAUACAGUGAUGAUCCCCGUCUGGGAAUUCAGAAGAUUUACCUCUGUAAAUAUAGUGGCUACCUGUCUGUAGGUGGGACUGCAGGACAGGUCCUUAUUCUUGAGCUGAAUGACGAGGCCUCGCAGCACGCGGUAGACCAUACUCUGGUGGACCUCUUACAGGAGCAGGAAGGAUAUCGCUGGAAAGGCCAUGAGCGGCUUCAUGCACGACAGGACCCAGUGCGCUUCCCCCCUGGCUUUCAACCUUUUGCUUUGGUACAGUGCCAACCGCCUGCUGCUGUCACUUCCUUGAUACUGCAUUCUGAGUGGAGGUUGCUGGCGUUUGGCACAAGUCAUGGAUUUGGAGUGUAUGAUUUUCAGCGGAAGUGUCAAGUGAUGGUUAAAUGCACACUACAUGCCAGUGACCAGCUAGCCCUGGAAGGGCCUUUGUCUCGUGUGAAGUCACUGAAGAAAUCUUUGCGCCAAUCUUUUCGGCGCAUCCGAAGGAGCCAGGUCAAUAAGCGAAGGGAUGGAGCUGCAACUAAAGUGCAGGAGGCAAAUGCCCGCCUAGAGCAGGAGGCUCUGCACGAGAUGGAGCUGGCCCCUGUACAACGCAAGAUUGAAGCUCGAUCGGCAGAAGAUUCCUUCACCGGGUUUGUGCGAACACUGUAUUUUGCGGACACCUUCAUCCGUGACAGCAUCCGGCAUUGUCCCUCGUUAUGGGCCGGUACUAAUGGUGGCACAGUCUAUGCGUUUUCUUUGCGUGUCCCUCCAACAGAACGGCGGAUGGAAGAGGCAGUGUCCGCAUCACAGAUCAAAGAAAUCCAACUUAUGCACCGAGCACCAGUAGUGGGGAUCCUCAUUCUGGAUGGUCACAGCGUUCCCCUUCCAGAACCUCUUGAAGCUGCUCAUGACCUUUCAAAAAGUCCAGAUAUGCAAGGCAGCCACCAAUUGCUGGUCAUAUCUGAAGAACAGUUGAAGGUAUUCACUUUGCCAAAAGUGAGCAGUAAAUUAAAGCUGAAGCUGACGGCCACAGAAGGAUGUCGGGUGCGGAAGGCCGCAGUCUGCACGUUUGGUAGUUGUCGGGCAGAGGACCAUACUGAAAAUCACUUGACUGUUCUCACUAACUUAGGGGACCUCCAGGUAGUUUCACUUCCCCAUCUUAAGCCACAAGUGCGUUAUGAUUGUAUCCGGAAGGAAGAUGUGAGUGGAAUAGCAUCCUGUGUGUUCACAAAGUCUGGGCAAGGGUUUUACCUCAUAUCCCCGUCCGAAAUGGAACGUUUCUCGCUGUCCACAUGUUGGCUCAUCGCUCCUCGAUGCAAGGUUGAUCCACCAGAACCAUCUGUGAAUGGAAGGCCCCGAAGAGGUGACAGCACAGAAAGGCAAAGCGAAAGAUCCAGGAUGCCCAGCAGGAGCGACUCCAGUACAGAUGCACACAGACCUCUGAGGCAGGUGAUGGAGCACGCGUUGCUGAAUGAUGAGCACAUGCUGAAGGAGAUCCAGAGUACUCUGGAAGGUUCUCGAACGAGUUAUGGGGAAAGACACUCCCGCCAGAUCGCUGUAGGAGGCAGGCUCAGCAAUGGAUCAGAAUGACCUUCUUCCUGACCCGCGGAUGUUCUGGGUCCCAUCUGACCCGUUGUGAAUACACUACUGACCCGAGGCCCUUGGACUAGAGCAAGCUACAAGACAAUAUGCUUUUCUCCAUGGUUUGGACUCUGUGGCCAUACACCCUCCAUUCUGCACACGUCUCUUUAGCUAUUCCUACAGGAAAUUGUUUUAAGUUAUAAAUUUUACUGCCUUACACCCUUCCCUCUGUGCGUUCCUUGGAGGAAGAUGGCCAAAUAGUUUUUUUUUUUUUUAUUUAGUUUUUAAUAUUUUAUUUUCUUUUUAUUGAAUGAUUUUAGGAUCCAUGUUUGUUUUAUUUGUUUUUUACUGUACAAUCUGGUGUAAACCACCCUUGAUGUUGGGUAUCUUGAAUUUAUUGGGUUAUUGUGCUUCCCAGUGAUUGGGCUGACAUGCAAUCUAUUUUUAUAGGAAAUAACCAUUUUGGUUGCCUUGCACACCAAUAAAUUAUAUGUUCAGCUA